AUGGACAAGAUCAACCAACAUCUCGGCAGCUUGCCUGCUAUGCCGCACUGCGGCCUGGUGCUCCUGGCCACCGUCGGCGGUCUCUUUGUCGCCUCCAAGCUGUUUAGCUACCUGCGCCUCGUCCUCGGCUCCUUUAUCCUGCCUGGCACCAACCUUCGCAAGUAUGGCAAGCCCGGCACCUGGGCCGUUGUCACCGGCGCCUCCGACGGUCUCGGCAAGGAGUUUGCCGCUCAGCUCGCUGCCAAGGGCUUCAACCUCGUCCUCGUGUCCCGAACCCAGUCGAAGCUCGAUGCCCUCGCCAGCGAAAUCCAGGCCAAGUUCGCCGCCAAGGCGCCCCAGGUCAAGACCUUCUCCAUGGACUUUUCCGAGGACAAGGACUCUGACUACGACCGCCUCGCUGCGCUUGUCAAGGGCCUCGACGUCGGCAUCCUCAUCAACAACGUCGGCCAGAGCCACAGCAUCCCCGUGUCCUUCCUCGAGACCCCCCGCGAAGAGCUGCAGAACAUCAUCACCAUCAACUGCCUGGGUACGCUCAAGGUAACCCAGGUCAUCGCGCCGAUCCUGAAGCAGCGCAAGCGUGGUCUCAUCCUGACCAUGGGCUCCUUUGGCGGCUGGACUCCCACGCCGUACCUGGCCACUUACUCUGGCAGCAAGGCUUUCCUCCAGCAGUGGAGCAAUGCCCUGUCUUCUGAGCUUGCCGACGACAAUGUCGAUGUCCAGCUUAUCCUGAGCCACCUCGUCACCACGGCCAUGAGCAAGAUUCGCCGCGCCAGCCUGCUCGUCCCCAACGCGCGCUCCUUUGUCAAGGCUGCCCUCGGCAAGGUUGGCACUGGUGGCUACCAGACUGCGCCAAGCACAUAUACGCCCUGGUGGAGCCACGCUUUCAUGCUGUGGUUCAUUGAGAACAUUCCCGGCGUCAACAGCCCUCUGACCAUCUCCAUUAACAAGGGCAUGCAUGUGGAUAUUCGCAAGCGUGCUCUGCGCAAGGCCGAACGCGAAGCCAAGAAGCAGUAA